AUGAAGAAACAAUUAAGUCUUGACAAUAGUCCGGAAGACAUCCUAUCAGCGGAGUCACAAGCUGGCGAGCUCUCCUUCUUGGAACCGAUCCAGGAUGAUGCGGUAUUCGGUGAAAUUCGCGAAGGAGAUACCAAUUAUCGUAACGUGAGCUGUAUAGGAACCGUUGCCCUUAUGUUGAAAGUGCAAAUUGGCCUUGGAGUUCUCACGAUACCCAGCUGUUUCGACAUUCUUGGGAUAAUACCUGGAGUUAUUGUUCUGCUUGCAAUUGCAGCCACGACAACCUGGUCGAAUUGGAUGGUGGGCGUGUUCAAAAUACGCCAUCGUGAGGUCUAUGGCAUAGGCGAUGUUGGAAAGAUGCUCCUUGGGCGAGCUGGAUACGAGCUGUUCGGCGGGGCUUAUAUCCUAUACUAUAUCUUCACUGGUGGAUCUGCUCUCUUGAGUAUCUCGAUCGCCUUUAAUGCGCUCUCUGAUCAUGCAGCAUGCACUGCCAUUUUUGUGGCUGUUGCAGCCAUUAUUGGCUUUGCCUUCUCUAGUAUCCAGACUCUUGCCCGUAUAAGCUGGCUCGCCUGGAUAGGUGUAUCGUGCGUUAUCAUUGCAGGCAAGUGUGUUUUUGCAGAUGCGGACUUGGAUUUGGUCUAA